CCCAGCGUGCUGCGCGCCUGCACCCGUCUGUUCAUGGCGGCGGCUGGGCGGCUCGGUCUGCUUUUGCUCCUUGUAUUAUGGAUGAUAGUGACUGUGGUACUGCCUGGCUCUGGCGAAGGGGGAUGGAAGCAGAGUGGGCCGGGAACUGCAGCAGCGGUAACGGAGGAGGAGCGCUGCACAGUAGAGCGCCGGGCACGCCUCACAUACUCCGAAUUCAUGCAGCGCUAUGCGUACCACAAGCCCGUCAUCUUGCAAGGACUCACGGACAACUCGAAGUUCCGGGCCCUGUGUUCCCGGGAAAACCUGCUAGCCUCGUUCGGGGACACUGUCGUUCGCUUGAGUACAGCCAACACCUACUCCUACCAGAAAGUGGACCUGCCCUUCCAGGAGUAUGUGGAGCAGCUGCUACACCCCCAGGAUCCCGCAUCCCUAGGCAAUGACACCCUGUACUUUUUUGGAGACAACAACUUCACUGAGUGGGCACCCCUCUUCCAGCAUUACUCUCCGCCUCCAUUUCGUCUCCUGGGAACCACCCCUGCUUACAGCUUUGGAAUUGCAGGAGCUGGAUCUGGGGUACCCUUCCACUGGCAUGGGCCUGGUUUCUCAGAGGUUAUCUAUGGUCGGAAGCGCUGGUUCCUCUACCCUCCUGAGAAGACACCAGAGUUCCACCCCAACAAGACCACACUGGCCUGGCUCCUGGAAAUAUACCCAUCUCUAGCCCCAUCAGCUCGGCCUCUAGAAUGUACCAUCAAGGCUGGUGAAGUACUGUACUUUCCUGACCGGUGGUGGCAUGCUACACUCAAUCUGGACACCAGUGUCUUCAUCUCUACCUUCCUUGGCUAGCCAAACAGGCAACUGGCA